AAUAUAAGAACAAUUGGAACGAAAAUGGAAAAUAAAACCUGACAUUAGCUUUAUACUGCAACUGUUUUCAAUAAAAAUGCAAGAGCACUAUUAAACCCAUAGAUGCCACUGUUAUGGAAGAGUGUGUGAAUUCCGGAUAUAGCGUCCGUGUGCCUUGGACAGCCUACCCACGAGCGCAUUAUUUUCGGAAACAUUUUAAUGACGUUCACGACAGACUCCUGCGAAUACUUGGAGCGCUUCCGGUCCCGUUAACGGACGACUUCUGUCUCCUUGCCCUUGAGAAAAUCCGGAAACGACUUGGGUUCGACCUGGAGGUACGCUUCCUCGGCCACCACAGGCCGCCACCGGGAGAGGUUUACGUGGUGGACCCUGUUGAACUGAGAAACCACGUCAACACAUCAGUCCCAGAGCACAGAACAGAACUAAGUCAUGAGCCACCCCUCAAGAUUAAUGUGUGUUAUGCUCGGAUCCAUGAUAGGAAUGGAAGUUUACAGCAGAAUAUUAAACAUAUUAUGGAAGACUGUGACCACUUCGAAGGACGUUCUUUCGAAUCUGAGCGCGUAAUCAUUGCUGUAGAUAUACCACCAGGGGAACAUACAACCGAUGUGGAAACAGAACUUUCACGUCACGUUUCAAACUGUUUACCUGAAAACAUCCCAAAUGAAAACAUACUGGUUGUAUUGAUACGACGUCCGGAUAAGCUACAGCUGGCCGAGGCAAUAUCGACAUACAUUGAGAAUAUGGCGAUAGACGGGUUCGAAACAGCUCUAACCCUCUUGAAGAAGUUCGUGACAAGCAAUCGAUCAAGGCUUAAUGAGUCGUUUUCAACAUAUUUCCUUAAUCACCCUGUUGAAAAAUGUUUGCAUAUGUUUUUUCACGACUAUGACACUACAAACGAGAAACCGGGUGUUCGCCGCGUACCCAUUGAAAAUAUGAAUGACCUUUCUGGUCAAUUACACAUUGCAGAUGACUUGGAAGGUGCAGUUGGCGGUAGUGAUGAACAACCAGAGAAAUGUGUCAAGGAGGAUCAACGACAAGAAAAAGCUACAAAAGAAACAGACUUUGGUUGUCUACUUGAUAAUGCUGGACUGUACACAUUGGCUGGGCAAAUAAAGUGCAGUGUUAUUGUGGACUAUUUCAGCUGCAAAUACAAUUUGCCACCAUGUAAUGUCAAUGACAUUUUGGAAUCGACGAAUUUCAAGGAAAAAUUUGUGAAAAGUGUUUCUUCAGUGACAAAGGGUUUUAUCUUUAAUUAUGUAGAGCUGACCAAAAAGGGCGACUAUGGAUGGAAUCAUCGCGUACAGGUGUGUGUUAAAAGAGGAAAGAAACCCCGUAUUAAAACUCAACGGGUUAGCCUUAAAUGGCUUGUCAGUAAGGUUGGUCAUGACAUUCAAGGUCUUGUUGAUGACUAUGAAGAGACCAUGUCGAACGUCGAGUACAUCUUUAGUCUUCUGAGAAAAUUGACCUUCGAGAUAGAGGGGUACCUGCUGCAGGGAGGCAGAACUGAGCACCAGUCGUACAUACCUCCGCCGCCGACAAUACCUCCCGAAAUGAGGAAGAGCCUGCUCGCAGUGAACGACGUUUAUGCUGUGUGUACUUUAUACAACGAGCCAACUGUAUUGUUGAAAGCAACGGCCGUUGUCGACAUGGACGAGUUCACAAAGCAUAGCAACACCAAACAGCUUCUAGAAAAGGCUUGUUUUAAGGAAACCAUCAACACAAUACAGCACAUCAGAAUGAAAUACAAGUACGCUGCCGCUCUAAACGUUGAAGUUGUCAGCAGACCUUUUCAGCAAUUUGCAAUGAAUGAUAUUGAACAAGGAGACAAGAUAACCGCUUCAGGGGGCGGCUUUGGAACCCUUGGGGGUUUUGUACAAUGGUUUGGAGAGCCUUACAUGCUGACAUGUCAACAUGUCGUUGGAUCCGAUUCAAUAGUUAAGGUGCAAAAGCCAGGGUUUAUACCACCGCCUGUGAUUGGCCGGGCUACACCAAACAUGUCCAUCAAAUCAGGCACUCACGGGGUAAUUGAUAUAGCUGCAGUUAAAGUUGUUGGAGAUGUAAGAAACCGCUGUAUUCCCAAGUAUAAAGAUUCCGAUGGCAUCUUUCGCACAUCUGUUAUUUAUGACCCUGAAAAGAAAGAUUUAAAACCUGGUUUGAACGUUUUCAAGUAUGGAGCAAGUACAGGGUUAACAGAGGGCAUUGUGGCGUCAACCGAUUUCGAUGUAGAUGUCAGCAAUAGAAUAGUCUUUAUUGAAAGUAAGGCAGAUUUUUCUCCCGGGCAUAGCUCAAUAUUCAGUGGACCUGGCGAUAGUGGAUCGCUGAUACUAAGUGCAACUUUCGAAGAUGGCAGUCAACGCCCUACCUUACAAAUUAUUUCAAUGUUAACUGGAGGACUUCAGACCACGAGUGCAUGUGGGAAAACAGUAUCUUUUCAAUUAAAACCAGCCUUGGAAAUUGUCGCUGAACAGGCAAAUAUGAAUGCGAACCUAGGUUUUGUUCAACCAGGCAUCUGGUCAUUCAACGAUGCAAGAAAUACGUCAUAGUGUUUCAUAUACCAGUUAUUUAUGUGCAUGUGUGUUUGGUGUCUUUUUACGACAUUUUUCAUUCGUGCUACUCAUACAUAUUAACAUUUGCUUAAACAAUUAUGUAGGAAAACAAUCUGAAAUAUUCGUAUUGCAUAACACGCAAAGGUUUGUGACUUUAUUGAUCAAUUGAUUGGAUCUUCGUUUAAAUAAAACACAAAGCAGCUGCAGAUUGUACUGAUUGUUAUUCAUGAUUUAGAUAUAAUUGUUGAUCGCAUUUUUUCGUGUUUUCAAUAAUGUUUGAAUGCAGUAGGAAACGCUUGCAUAAUUUGUUAGCGGUUUAUCCUGAACGUACAUGCCUUAGAGUGAUAGAUAACCAAGAAGUAAGAAACAGUGUUUCAAACUUUAGCAUUAGUUAUACUAGUUAAAGACAGAAGUUGGCAGAUGAACAAUAUCAUAACAGAAAUUCUCUUUAGAUGACGUCCAUUUUAUUACUGUUGC